CUGCCAAGUUAGUUUAAACCCUCCCCAACAGCUCUAACAAACCUGCCUAUACGUUCAGGUGUACAUGUCAUACCUCCUCCAGAGGAGAUCCCAGUGAUCCAAGAAUCUGAAGCCCUGCCCCCAUACCUGCUUCUCAGCCACACAUUAAUCUGCCAGAUCGUCCUGUUUCUACCCUCAUUGGCACGUGGCACAGGAACCAAGCCAGAAAUUUACUACCUGGGAGGUCCUACUUCUCAGCUUUCUGCCUGGCUCCCUAAAUUCUCUCUUCAGAAUGUCCCAGUUUUAACAAAAAAAUUGAACUUAAAAGUACACCUGUUGCUAUAUUCCACAUUAUUUUGGUAAUAUGGUAGAGGGAUAAAUAUUAGUAUCAAGACACUGGGCAGAACUCCCUGAAACUUUCUGCUUUCGAACUCUUCUCAACUCUAACCAAAGGUCACUGAACUGAAACACAAGACCACAAGAGUUCAAGUUUAUUGUCAUCUGACUGUACAUAUAUGCAACCUAUGGAAACAACGUCCCUCCCCACCAUGGUACCCACAAUACAUACAUCACACAAAGCAGAUCAAGCAAAAUAUGAUCACAAAUAAGUUAAUAAGAUAUAAUUAGAAAUUCAUGAGAAGUGUGCAGCCCACAGUAAGCAGCUCACCGUCCUAGUGACGAGACCUGGGUGGUAGCAGGGUAUUCACGAGUCUCACAGCCUGGGGGAAGAAGCUGUUACCCAGUCUGGUAAUCCUAGUCCUGAUGCUUCAGUACCUCCUUCCUGAUGAUAGUGGGUCAAAGAGAUUGUAGUUUGGGAGGUAGGGGUCCUCAACAAUUCUCUACAAUGCUCCCAGUAAAUCUCACAAAUAGUGGGGUGUAGGGGGGGAGUGAGACUUCAGUGGUUUCCAGUGUCCUCGGUAGGAUCUUGUAGUCUGAUGCCUUGCGGCUUCCGUUCCACACGGUGAUGCAGCCAGAGAGGACACUCUCAAUAGUGCUCCUGUAGAAAGGAGAAUUGGGCGAUUUGGCCCAUUGAGGUUCCUUCCCCAUUACAGCAUGGCCGAUUUACUCUCCUGCUCAACCCAGUUCUCCUGCUUUGAUAUCCUCUACUAAUGAAGAACCCAUCAACCUCUGCCUUAAAUAUACCCAACGACUUGGUCUCCUCACCCGUCCGUGGCAAUAAAUUCCACAGAUUCACCACUUGGCCAAAGAAAAUACAGUACUCUUCAUCUCUGUUCUACAGAGAGGUCCUUAUAUUCUGAGGCUGUGCCCUUUCAUCCACUCACCGAUCUAUCUCAUUCCUGUAUGCCUCCUCAUCACUAUCUGAAAUUCAGCCAACAACAGUUGUGUCAUCAGCAAGUUAAUAGAUGGUGUUUGAGCUGUGCCUGGCCACACAGUCGUGGGUGUAGAGUGUUAUGAUCCCAGCCCCCUCCUUUGUGAGAAUCGCAAGAGCACCCGUUGGGGGGGGGGGGGGUCAGUAGACCCAGGAAGUGGGAGAGAGAGAAACGUGCCGAAUAGCACGUUCCACUGGGAUGCCAAAUAAGGCGACAGUGACUAUUGUCUCAUGGAGACCACGUGUAAAGCCCUCGGGCAAGGUGGGAUGGUUGAGAGAGAGAUUGCAUCAUUCCAACCUGAUUGACACCUGCGACCCCGUGAGGAAAUAUAAAGGAGGGUCUAAGGGGGACAGCCCCUUCAGACGCACCAAGAAGACUCGAGAGUGAUCCCACCGUAGCGGGAAGCCAUUCUGAAGGAAGCCACGUGCGUUAGAUUCCGGGAUUGGAAUUUGUGGCUGGAAUCACGGAAAACCGCUUUUAACUAACAUCGGGGAGGGGGAACCCACGCUCCCCCGAUUCAACGGUUCAUAAGGACCCGGCAAGUCUUUCCUCUUCUCCCCAAUCUCUCUCUCUCUCUGUCGCCCCACGUGAAACCCAGCGAUUCCCAAAAGGCUGAAGCCUGCAGACUUCUGAGUGACUUUUAUAUUUCCAACAGACAAUACAUUAUCCCCUAGACAACAGUAGAGCUCAUUUCUUAAUGAUGAUUAUUACUAUACCCGCGCUUUAGAUUGAGUAUUGACAACGUGCAUUAUCUGAACAUUUGUGUUAACCUUACUUUUGUGCCCCUUUUCAAAUAAAAAUGUUUGAAAAUAGUGACAUCAGACUUCAACGAACCUCUCUGUCUUUACUGGUAAGUUAUGCAGUUACGGGAUACGUAACAAGAGAGAGUAAAGCAGUGGGCUAGACACGCAUCUUUGAAGUGUGCCUGUGUUGAUUGUCAGUGAAGAGCAGAUGUUAUUUCCUGUCUGCGCUGACUGUGGUCUCCUGGUGAGGAAAUCAAGGAUCCAGUUACAGAGGCAGUCAAGUUCUGGAGUUUGUUGAUGAGUACUGAGUGCAUGAUUGUGUUGAGUGCCCUGCUGUAGUCAAUAAACAGCAGCCUGAUGUAGGUAUUGCUAUUGUCCAGGUGAUCCAAGGCGGAGUGGGGAGCCAGGGAGAUUGUAUCCACUUAGACCUAUUGUGACGAUAGACAAAGCACAGAGGGUCCAGGUCCUUGCUUAGGCAGGAGUUGCUUCUGGCUGCUCUGGAUAAUGUAAACUUCCUUGCUGUUGUGGUCAAGAAGCAAGAGUUAGGGGACAAACAUUCAGCCCAUUGAAACGGUUCUGAUCCUAGCUGAUCUAACGUUCCUUGUCCUUUUCCCUGCAAACCUUCUCUAAGCGAUAUUAGAAACCUCCCUGUCUCCCUGUACACUCAGGGCACAACAAACAGACAGACAGACAUACGUUAUUGAUUCUGAGGGAAAUUGGGUUUUAUUACAGCCGCACCAACCAAGAAUAGUGUAGAAAUAUAGCAAUAUAAAACCAUAAAUAAUUAAAUAAUAAUAAGUUAAUCAUGUCCAGUGGAAAUAAGUCCAGGACCAGCCUAUUGGCUCAGGGUGUCUGACACUCCGAGGGAGGAGUUGUAAAGUUUGAUGGCCACAGGCAGGAAUGACUUCCUAUGAUGCUCAGUGUUACAUCUCAGUGGAAUGAGUCUCUGGCUGAAUGUACUCCUGUGCCUAACCAGUACAUUAUAGAGUGGAUGAGAGUCAUUGUCCAAGAUGGCAUGCAACUUGGACAGCAUGCUCUUUUCAGACACCACCGUCAGAGAGUCCAGUUCCACCCCCACAGCAUCAAUGGCCUUAUGAAUGAGUUUGUUGAUUCUGUUGGUGUCUGCUACCCUCAGCCUGCUGCCCCAGCACACAACAGCAAACAUGAUAGCACUGGCCUCCACAGACUUGUAGAAUAUCCUCAGCAUCGUCCGGCAGAUGUUAAAGGACCUCAGUCUCCUCAGGAAACAUUCUGACAAUUGCAUCCUGGUAUGGAGGCGCCAAUGCAGAGGAUCACAAGAGGCAGCAGUUGCCUCACGGACACAGUCAAGGACAUCUUGAAGAGGUAGUACCUCGAGAAGCAUUAUUCAUUGUUAAGGACCUUCAUCAUCUGGGUCUCGCCCUGUUCUCAUUAGUACCAUCAGGGAGGAGGUACAGGAAUUUGAAGGCCCACACUCAAUGAGUCAGAAACAGCUUCUUCCCCUGAGCCAUCAGAUUUCUGAAUGGUUCAUGAAGCCACGAACGUUACCCCUUCAUGUCUUACAUUCUACUGUUGCCACAAAACAACAGAUUUCAUGACAUACGUCUGUGAUAAUAAACCUGAUUUUUGAUUCUGACAAUUGGCUGGAGGAACUCCAGCUGGUCAAGCGGCAUUUGUGGAGAGACAGGAAUUCUUGACACCACAAGCAAAAGCCCUCCCCAUCAUAGAGCACAUUUACAUGGAGCACUGGCACAAGAAAGCAGCUUCCAUCAUCAAGGACCCCCAUUAUCCAGGCAAUACUCCGCUCUGUCAUCAGGCAGGAGGUACAGAUGCCUCAGGUCCCAAGCCACCAGGGUCCAGAACAGUUAUUCUUGGUGGUGAAAUUGGCAAAGCUGUUAAGUGAUGAAGCUUCCUCUCAGAGGGUAUUUAGAAUUAGAAUCAGGUUUAUUAUCACUGGCAUAUGACGUGAAAUUUGUUAACUUAGCAGCAGCAGUUCAAUGUAAUACAUAAUAUAGAAAGAAAAAGAUAGAUAAGUAAAUCAAUAAUAGUAAGUAGAAACAUAUAUUAAAUAGAUCAAAAAUAGUGCAGAACAGAAAUAAUAUAGAAAAAAGUGACAUGGUGUUCAUAAGUUCAAUGUCCAUUUAGGAAUUGGAUGGCCGAGGGGAAGAAAUGUUCCUGAAUCACUGAGUGUGUGCCUGCAGUCUUCUGUAUCUCCUACCUGAUGGUAACAGUGUGAAGACGGCAUGUCCUGGCUGAUGGGGCUCCUUAACAAUGGACGUCACCUUUCUGAGGCACCGCUCUUUGAAGAUGUCUUGGAUACUAUUGAGACUAGUACCCAAGAUGGAACUGAAUAAUUUUACAACUUUCUGUAGCUUCUUUCAUUCAGGGGUUCACAACACAUGUUUCAUCACCCAGGAGUUGGUGAACAUUGAGAAUUCUCUGUCCAAGAGGUCUGCAGAGUCACAAAGUGCUGGAAGCACUUAGCAGGCAGACAACAUUGGUGGAAGAAAUAGAAACAAAGUGAAACUUUCAGAUCAAAAAAGUUAUGACAAUGUUUGACGCAGUUACCCCUGUUUCUCUUUCGGCGGAUGCUGCCUGACCUGCUGUGUAUUCUCUGUUCAAUUACAGGUAUUCAGCAGCUGCAGCUUUAUUGAUUUUUCUCAGCUGUGGCGAGCCAGUUGCUGAACACAUUCAGGACAGAGAUAGGCGAAAACCAGAGUCACAGUGGUGGCCCAGGAUAUAGCACAAUGCUGCAGAGUGAAUGGAGCUUGGACAACGCUCUACCCAUCCCCCAACUCCCUCGUCCUUGGGCAAAGGCUGUUGUUGCUUCACUGGCCCUUCUGUGCUUCGGCAUCAGUUACGAUGGAGACUUUGUCUUUGACGAUUCAGAGGCUAUAAUCAACAAUAUGGACCUUAGACCAGAAACAUCACUUGGCAACCUUUGGGAGCAUGACUUCUGGGGAACUAAUCUUAUUAGCAAUACCAGUCACAAAUCCUACCGACCACUUACAGUGCUUACGUUCAGAUUGAACUAUCUUGUGGCUGGAGGAUUGCACCCAAUUGGGUUUCAUGUCGUCAACAUCACUCUGCACAGUGUCAUUUCUGUAAUGAUGCUCGAUGUGUUCUCGGUACUUCUGGGUGGUCUGGUACACGAUGAAAGAGGGAAGCUGCUAAAUAAGGCGCCAAAAGCAUCAUUUCUAGCUGCUUUGCUCUUUGCCGUUCAUCCAGUGCACACUGAGAGUGUUGCUGGUAUUGUUGGCAGAGCAGACCUGCUUUGUGCUCUGUUCUUUUUGUUGUCCUUCAUCAGUUACUGUAAAGCCUUCGGAAAGUAUCAUGUGGCUGCAGAGUUCUCCCUUUGCUGGAUUUUUGCCAGCCUGUUGCUUUGUGCAGUUGCAAUGCUUUGCAAGGAGCAGGGUAUCACGGUGCUGGGUGUGAACAUAGUGUUUGAUGCACUAGUGGUUUGCAAAGUGGAUAUCUUACAGCUCGGAGUAACCCUGUUAGGGAAAGACAAAACAUCUGAGAGAAGCCUAACGUGGAUAAGGGGAUUUUUUACCCGCGUCCUCCUCUUGUCAUCAGGCGGAGCUGUGCUGCUAUACUGUCGUUGGAGGAUCAUGGGCACUGGCCCGCCGGCGUUCACCGAGGUCGAUAACCCUGCCUCGUUCGCCGACAGUGCACUCGUGCGAACUUUUAAUUAUAAUUACUAUUACUCUCUGAAUGCAUGGCUACUUGUGUGUCCCUGGUGGCUGUGCUUUGAUUGGUCGAUGGGCUGUUUACCCCUGAUUAAAUCAUUCAGCGAAUUUAGAAUUCUUGCCCUUCUUGCUCUUUGGUUCUUCCUUAUUGGAAUCACCUGGCAAAGUUUAUUCUCCAAAAGCCCAGAUGAAAGAAGAAUCCUUGCCUCUGGGAUUACCCUCGUGAUCAUCCCCUUCCUCCCAGCGUCUAACAUUUUCUUCCGAGUUGGGUUUGUUAUUGCAGAGAGGGUGAUCUAUCUCUCCAGCACUGGUUAUUGCAUCCUCUUGUCGUAUGCCAUGUGUGUGCUGUCAAGAAAAGGCAGGCGAAUCAAGAACCUCCUCUCUGCUGCUCUGCUGGGCUUGAUAACGCUGAAUGUCAUGCAGUGUAUCCGACGCAGCAAUCACUGGAGAUCAGAGGAAGCUCUGUUCACAAGUGCCUUAUCAGUGUGUCCCUUCAACGCCAAAGUGCACUACAAUGUCGGCAAGAACUUAGCUGAUCGAGGAAAAGAAGAGUCUGCAAUUCUGUACUACAGAGAAGCUGUGAGGCUCCAUCCAACGUACGUUCAUGCUAUGAACAAUCUGGGAAACAUCUUGAAAGAAAGGAAGGAGCUUCAUGAAGCUGAGAAGUUGCUCUCUAGUGCUGUGGCCAUUCAGCCUGAUUUCGCUGCUGCAUGGAUGAAUCUGGGAAUUGUUCAAAACAGUUUGAAAAAGUUUGAAGAGGCUGAAAAAAGUUACUGGACAGCAAUAAAAUACAGAAAAAGAUAUCCGGACUGUUACUACAAUCUAGGACGCCUGUAUGCGGACCUGCAUCGGAAUGCAGAUGCUCUCAGUGCAUGGCAGAAUGCGACUCUUCUCAAACCUAACCAUGGUUUGGCUUGGAACAACAUGAUCAUUCUACUUGAUAACACAGGCAAUCUAGCAAAAGCUGAAGCAGUUGGAAAGGAGGCUCUAAAAUUGCUACCCAAUGAUCACACCAUCAUGUUUUCCUUUGCGAAUGUGCUUGGUAAAUUGAAGAAGUACAAGGAAUCAGAAAGUCUGUUUCUAAAAGCACUUCAGAGAAAUCCCAAAAUAGCAAGCUAUCAUGGAAAUUUAGCUGUGCUGUACCAUCGCUGGGGAAAGCUGAAACUGGCCAAGGAGCGCUACGAGAUUGCACUAAAACUAGACCCUGCCUCGCCGGGGAUUGUGGAGAACUACAGCUUGUUGAAGAAGAAACUGGAACAACUGAAGCAGGGCUGAUGCAGAUGGCAGAAGGUGGAGAGAGAGAGAGAGAGAGAGAUAAAUCUUCAGGAGCUUGGUGUUUUCUGUUCAAGAUAUCCCUGCUUGAUAAAUACAGCACUGCUGUAGGAAGGAACUGAGCUUCCACAGUGAGUCGCACACAAGCCAGUUUUCCUUUAGGUUUGUGGUUGUGUUACUGCUGGCUCCUGCCUGUUAGGCCAACUUUGAGUGCCCUUUCUCCAGCCAAUAUUUAUCAGACUCCGCCUUAAAACGUUGUGAGUGAUAUGGCUUCUAUCACCAGCUACAGUCUGUGGGAAGCCCAGUUCAUCUCCAGUUACUGACAGACUUCGGAUCUAUGGAAGUGGGAUUGGCAUUGCUAGAAUAAACACCAUGGAUUCAUCGUCGCAGGCUGUUGAGAGUCAGGGGUUAACCCAAACACAGGUGAAGUACUUUGGGACAUGAGGAACUACAGGGCCUCUCGAGCUUGUACCCCUAUUCAAUGAAUCAUGUCUGAUCUCUCCAGCAUACUUCUGUAACUCCUAAUGUCCUGGUUCAGCAGUAUCGAUUGUGCUCUGUAUUUACAUUUUAACCCACAGCCUUUUUGGGGGUGGGAUUUGCUGAUCUCCCUCAUCCUUUGUAUCAAAAAGUGCUUCCUUACAUCACCCCCUCAGAGGCUAGCCUCUGACUUCAAGGAUUUGCCUCAGUGUCUACACCGUACUCACCAAAGGUAGAAUCUCUGUCUCUCUGUUUCUUGCUCCAAAUCUCUCCCUAGCCCUUUCUCCUUUCUCUCCCUCUCCCCCUCUCCCUCCCACUACCCCCCUCUCCCCCUCUUCCCUUCUCUUUCCCUAUCUCUCUAUGACUCAAUCAACCACAUUAAUCAUCUUAACCACUUCGGUCAUCACCCAUCACCUUAUGAACUCAGGGGAAACACUAAAAUGUGCAAUGUAGCCUCAAAAUAUUACUUUUAGUCGUGGUAUAAUACGUCAUAGAAUCAUACAGCACAGAAAUAGGCCCUUCAGCCUAUUUUUCUCCAUGCUAGCUUUCAAAUGUCUUAACUACCAAUCCAAUUUCCUAACACUUAGACUGUAGCCAUGGCUCUUACGUUCACAUUUAGAUCAUUUAUAUACAAAACAAACAGCAAGAUUCCACCACUGAUCCCAGCACAGUACCACAGGUCACACACAAAUGUCCAAAAACACAAAAAGCAACCAAGCUAGUUUCAGAUCCAACUCGUCAUUCUGCCCUGGAUCUUAUGGACCUUUUUGACCACUCUUGUUGAGGCAUGAUGUCAUGUCCCGUACUGAGGUCCAUAGAAACUAUGACACUACUCUCACAAUUAUAGUUCGUCGUCUCUUCAAAAAAUUCAUCCAAGCUACUCAGUGUGGAUCUCCUUACCAUGUUACCCAUCUCUGAACAGUGCGGCCCCUCCAAGUGCAGAUUAAUCCUGUUUAUUAGGACAUUUUCCCAAUAAUUUCCCUACCACUGACAUUACACUCACUAGCUUAUUAUUGUCUGAUUCAUCCCCACUGUCUUCAUUGACUGAAGAUUCCAAAUUCACUGACCUUCACUAAUCCAAAUUUAGAGGACCUAUUCUUAAUCUACUCUCAGGGUGCCAUCCCUUAUUUUACUCAAUGUUGUUUGUACCAGUGUGAAUUGCCAUCUCUGUCAGUUACCGCCUCCCCAUCCCCUUCCAGUGAAUCCUUGACCCUAGCAUGUCUAAAACUACAAAGAGGCAUGUCCAUUCCCCUCAUGAUCCAGGCCCCUACCACAAUUGCAUUUGGAUAUUCACUGCUUCCUCCUUGUGCAGUUAUCACCGCUUAAUGUGGUAAUUUAGGCUCUGGUUGCAAAUGCUGGAGAUCAUCCACACCUCCCCGCCCCCCCCCCCCCCCACCACCCCAUCAGCCAUCUGGAAAACUGAUCCUGGGAUGAGGUGUACUUCCUCUGCCCACAGCUCACCCAUUUCCCCUCCUGCUUCCUUAAGCGCAGCGUGAACAAAUCUGAAAUCAUUUAACCCACACAAGCUCCAUGAUGCACCUUGGUGCCUCUAACCAUCACUCAGACUGGACCGUGUGUGGCACUUCCUCCCACUGUGGUCGUCCAGUGUUGAGGAAUUCUCAUGUGCCACUGGCUGUACAACACACAACACUGAGCUUCCAAGCUGUGCAGAUUUCACCAAUGAUUAAAGCCAUACAGCCCUUUACUUAAGCCAAGUAGGAAAAAAUUAAAUAGAGAAGCCUGGAGGAACUCAGCUGGUCAGGCAGCAUCUGUGGAGAGAAAUGGACAGUUGACGUUUUGGGUCAAGACCGUUCACCUGACUCAUUGAGUUCCUCCAGCAUCUUCUGUUGCUCUGGAUCCAACAUCUGCAGAAUUUCUUGUGUUUAGGGAAGAACUAUCUUUGGAUUAAACUUCUAGUUAUCCCUCUGAAUUAAAGAACAGUAAUCACACUAAUUGCCCUCUCUUUAUUUUAGGACCAUAAGAUAUAAGAACAGAAUUGGGCCAUUUGGUCCAUUGAGUCUGGUCUGUCAUUUCAUUAUGGCUGUUCCCUCUUUCCUCUCAGCCCCAAGCUCCUGCCUUCUCCCCGUAACGCUUCAAGCCCUGAUGACUAAUCAAGAAACUGUCAGCCUCUGCCUAAAAUGACUCGGCCUCCACAGCCAUCUGUGGCAACAGAUUCCACAGAUUCACCAACCUCUGGCCGAAGGAAUUCCUCCUCUUCUACCUUCUAAAAGCGUGCCCCUUCUUCUGAGGCUGUGUCUUCCAGCUGAAACUAAUGAACUGUAAAGUCCUGGAUACACUCGCCUGGCCCUUCUCACCACUCAGCCACCUUCCUUAAUGCAUGGCACCUGCUGAAACUUGAUAUCCCCUCCAGUUGUGCUACUGAUCACAGAUCAGGCCUUCUCCCCCAGGCCAUAGUUGCCUGUCAACCUCCUUGCAGACAACCACUCGAUCUGCACUCAUCCCUGACAUGUGACUGUCUCCCCAACAACAGCAAAGCUCCAACCCCUAGAUGGAACUCUGUUAUAAUGGCCCUGUCAGUUAUAUUUUCUUCCCAUCCAUUUUGUACAUAAGAUGUACGUCUCCCUGUUCCCCUGCCGCUCCCACCUUAUCACCAUUUGCAAGUAUUCAGGUCAACCUUGGGCCCACAGGAGGCAGCCAGCUUCUGUUUGAGAGCUGGUUGGCUCUUGUUUUUAUGGAGGUUAAAUAUGGAGUACAAGAAUGUAACAAGAUCCCUCCCAUCUCCACACAUGAAAUAUGCUCGUGCCCAGAAAUCCGUCUUUAAUCAAAAUCUGUCCAGAGCAUUACACUUCCAGUGACCACCACAGUGGAACCAAAUUGCAGAAGAACAAACACUACAAGGUGUUGUGUCAUUAGGGUUGAAUUUUGUCUUCAGUCUUAAAAUUUUGAUUUUUUUAAUAUAAUUUAUGUCACUUUGGAUAAUUGCAGAAUGUGAAGAGAACAUGUCACCCAGUGUUAAAUUUGUUUGAGGUAUUAGAUGCAUGUUUGAAAUUGUAUAUAUUUUUGUUUCGGAAACAAUUUUGUUAUUAUUAAAACAUGUUUUUACAUUCAA